AUCCGCAAGGGCCCAUUCAAGGAUCUCGUCAGGGACAUCGUGCUGGGCUUCCACCCGUACCUGCGCAUGCAAGCCUCCGCUGUCCAGGCUCUGCACGAAGCUGGCGAUGCCUGGUUGAAGGAUAUGCUGGGCGGUGUGUACUUGUGCGCUGCGCAUGACGGUCGAGUCUCGGUCAAGCUGGAUGACUACAAGGUGGCCAAGCGUGUCUCGAAGAGGGAGUGGACUGCUUUUGCGAAGUGA